AAUGGCUUCCAGCCCGCUGCCGGGGCCCAACGACAUCCUGCUGGCAUCGCCAUCGAGCGCCUUCCAGCCAGACGCGCUGAGCCAGCCGCGGCCAGGUCACGCCAACCUCAAACCCAACCAGGUGGGCCAGGUGAUCCUCUACGGCAUUCCCAUUGUGUCGUUGGUGAUCGACGGGCAGGAGCGCCUGUGUCUGGCGCAGAUCUCCAACACUCUCCUCAAGAACUUCAGCUACAACGAGAUCCACAACCGCCGCGUGGCGCUGGGCAUCACGUGUGUGCAGUGCACUCCGGUGCAGCUGGAGAUCCUGCGGCGCGCCGGGGCCAUGCCCAUCUCGUCGCGCCGCUGCGGCAUGAUCACCAAGCGUGAGGCCGAGCGCUUGUGCAAGUCGUUCCUAGGCGAAAACAGGCCGCCCAAGCUGCCCGACAACUUCGCCUUCGACGUGUCGCACGAGUGCGCCUGGGGCUGCCGCGGCAGCUUCAUCCCGGCGCGCUACAACAGCUCUCGCGCCAAGUGCAUCAAAUGCAGCUACUGUAACAUGUACUUCUCGCCCAACAAGUUCAUCUUCCACUCCCACCGCACGCCCGACGCCAAGUACACGCAGCCAGACGCAGCCAACUUCAACUCGUGGCGCCGUCAUCUCAAGCUCACUGACAAGAGCCCCCAGGACGAGCUAGUCUUCGCCUGGGAGGACGUCAAGGCCAUGUUCAACGGCGGUAGCCGCAAGCGCGCGCUGCCCCAGCCAGGCGCGCACCCCGCUUGCCACCCGCUCAGCUCAAUAAGAACAAGGAGCAUAGCUUUUUCAUCACAGACUCUGACGCUUCUGGAGGAGAUUUCUGGAGAGAAAGAUCAGGUGAACACACACAAGAAACGAAUUCACCUCAUUCGCUCAAAAAGGAUGUAGAAAAUAUGGGAAAAGAAGAACUUCAGAAGGUUUUAUUUGAACAAAUAGAUUUACGGAGACGACUAGAACAAGAAUUCC